AUGGAUCAGACCACUUCGGUUCUUACCGAGAACAAAAAGUCUGAGCCUGCCACUGAUCGAUCAGCAAUCACCAAGAUCAACACCAUCGAUACCCCCAAAGAUCAAAAGAAGUCCUGUAAGAAACAUGCAGCAACCUCCAAACGAAAAGUGAAACACACCUUAAAAGCGAAGCAAUCAGAAUCAAGUGAAAGCAGCUCAAGUUCUUCCUCCGAAUCAUCUGACCUAUCCUCCGCCAGUGACGACUCCUCCACCGAGUCGGAUAGUGACUCCUCAAGCGACUCUCCAGCUGAGAAGAAGCUGAAAGUCAAGAAGUUGAAAGCGAAACUCAAGGCGCAGUCUAAGCUUCUGAAGAAGCAGAAGAAAGCGAGAAAGAGAGCCGCAGCCAAGGCCGCCGCGGCAGAAGAGGAAAAAAGUGAUAUCUCAGACAGUGAUUUUGUUGAAGAGCCCCCGCCAAAAGCUAAAGUCUCCAAGCUCAAAUCUGCAAGGAAAGCUGGAAAGAAGGCUAGAGACGAUGACGACUCAGAUCAUAUCGAAUAUGAGGAGGACCCCAACUCGGCCCGAUUGAGAACCAUGAAGGCUCAAUUGGAAGAUCUCCGGUUUGCAAAUGCACACCCUCCAGCCUUGGGUUUAGGUCGAGGUCGAGGUCAGAUCAACCCAGUUGUCAACAGAAUGCCUGUUCCUCUUAAGCACAGAAGUGGUAUCGAAGAGCGUGCUCUGGUCAAGGAAAUCAAGCCACCAAAACACAAGCAGAAAAUCGCCAAACGUGCCUCCAAGGUUGCAUACAAACGUGUGGAUCAGCUCUGGGACCAGGGCAUUCAUAACUUCAAGCUAACUGAAACUGCAAAGAACACAGGAGAAGCCGUUUGGGAUCAGUACAUCUUCACUGUUCGUCGCAAAUUCGAUUGGGAGCAAAAAUACCAGGGUACCAUUGUUGAUAUCAAAUCAAAACCCCUGAAAGACUCUCUCCAACACAUCAUGGCACAUGUGAAAGGUGUCAGUCUGGUGGGGGAGACUCUUCACAUGGACCCAAAUAUGCUGUUCCUUCAUUUGGAAGAGAUGAGAGAAUACGCCGAUACCCUGGAUCAAUCAGCAACCACUCGAAAGCGCAAAGAAAAGAAAGAUCUCACAACUCAGGCACAGCAUUUACGGGUCAUGGUUAGGUACCUUGACAAGGACUUUGCGGAAACCAAGAAGACUCUCUAUCCCAUGCUGGAGAACAACCAGAUCACAUUUGAUCUUCUAUGGGCUUUAUUCAAACCCAAUGCAAUUGCAUAUUGCUCAACCUAUGGUGAUAGUGAAGAAGGUCGUGCCUUCAAAAUUGACUUUGCAACCAAAGAAUCAAACUUCAUGAAGGGUUCAUGGUACAAUGUCGAGGGAAGAUAUCUUGAGUAUGACGGCAAAUCAUUUGGUAUGGGAACACUACAUACCGAAGUUCAAUCCUUUCAAGGCGUCCGCAAGAUCUCGUCCUUGGAAUGCUUUCCACUUCAGUAUCACAAAGAUGCCGAGGAGGUUCGUGAACACCUCAUUGAACGUGGCAAGAAGUUCGUUCAACUUCAAGGCAUGAAUUAUCGCUAUCACAAAGGCAUGGCAUAUGCCAAGCGCAAGAAGCAGAUCCUGAAGAUUCAUAUCGACGGCAGAAUCAUGGUCGACCCCGCAAUUCAUCGUCGCAUCAAUCCUAAUUAUCCGGUCAGUACCGUCAAGAAAGAUUCUCUUGAGGGAAACAACGGGGAUGAUUCAGAUGGCGAUUGUGGGUGUGGUGAGGCAAGUAGCUCGGACGAAGGAGCCAACAAUCAGAACACACCAUCCGAGGAUACAAUCCAAGAGAGGAAACGUUUCAAAGCAGUCAAAAUGCCCAAUGGUCAAACAGUCAUUGUUGUGGUCAACUCGAAGAAUGACCCUGAUGCUGAUGCAGACUCAUCUCGCGCCAUUCAGAAACAAGACAGUCAUGAAUUCUCCGAGGAAGAACUCUUGAUUGCAAGCCCUAUUGUCCUUGGCUUUGCUUUCGGAGAGAAAUUAUGGCUCGAAUUCACUGUAUCAGGCAUCUCCGACAUCGUCUACAAUGAAGAUGCUUUCGAUACCCUAGUCCUUCCUGAGAAUCAAAAGGAUAUCAUCAAAGCCUUGGUGUCAAGCCAUGCCUUCCACGCCCACAAGAGUAUUGAUGAUAUCAUCUCUGGUAAAGGUCGUGGUCUGGUUGCCGUACUUCAUGGGAGACCUGGUACUGGUAAGACACUUACGGCCGAAGGGAUUGCUGAUCUCCUGAAAUGCCCACUCUACAUGGUAUCAGCUGGUGAUCUUGGGACAGAUCCUACGCGAUUGGAAAAGGAAUUGCAAAAUAUUCUUGAUAUUGCGCACAGUUGGGGUGCUAUUUUGUUACUCGAUGAAGCUGAUGUUUUUCUCGAGCAACGUUCCAUUCACGAUAUUCAUCGCAAUGCCCUGGUCAGUAUCUUUUUGCGCUUGCUCGAAUACUUCCAAGGAAUCUUGUUCUUGACAACCAAUCGGGUGGAGACUUUUGAUUCUGCCUUUGUGUCCAGAAUUCAUUUGUCUCUCCGAUUCCAAGAUCUGACAGUCAAAGCCAAACGCACUGUCUGGAAAUUGUUCAUUGAUCGAGUUAGGCAACAGGAGGGUAUGGAAGUCCAAAAUAUCAAUGAUAGCGAUCUAUCUGAUUUGGCUCGACGAGAUGUGAAUGGUCGACAAAUCAAAAAUCUGGUCCGUGCAGCACAGGCAUUGGCUAUCCAUGAAGAGAAACCGUUGAGUAUGGUUCACAUUCGUCGUGUCAUUGAUGUUGCUGAAAGCUUCGAAAACGAUCUCAAAGGUGGUACAGGCUUUACCGAUGCUAUGAGAAGUUACAAUUGA